AUGAGAAAACACAAACCUAAAUCAAAGCUGCAAGCACCCUCGAAUUCGAAUUCUGGCAAGUGUAGUAAUGGCUCAUCAAAAAACAUGCCAUCAUCAUCGUCGACAAUGAAAUUACCUCCGUUGGCUAAUAAACCAACAAGAACGAAAAAUGGUGCCAUCAAUGGGAACAUGAUGCAUAGAACAUUUACCGAUCUUCCAAUGGAAAUUAUCCAGAAUAUUUUCUCGUUUCAACCCUAUUUAGAGAUUAUUAUUGCAGAAAGAUAUGCCUUCGGAAACGAUAACAGAGGAUGUUUAGGUUUGGCUGAACGGUCAAGAAAGAUAAUAUUUUCUCAUUGCGAUGAACACCUCAUUCACAAUUAUUCUCACUUUUUAUUUUGUCAAGUAUUCGGAAAAUGCAAAUAUUAUCUAUAUAGUUCUACAAUGUACGAUCAAUGUUUCCCUCUAACCAAUCGACUAGUGAUGAUUUAUCCUAAUAUUAAAAUUUGUACAGUGGAGAUUGAAAAUAGCAUGGAUGAUUUUUAUUUUACGUACUUCUUUCAAAGAAGAUUGAUGGAUGACCUAUUUUUGCAAGUGGCUCUUACGAAAAUGCAAAAGUUAAUGUUCGCAAAUGCAUACAAAAAGAGAAAAAAUUGUGGAGGAUCUACUAUGACCACAAUGAGAUUCCUAAGAGACACUCUCAUGAAAAAUUUCAAAAACCCAUGCGGUAGAGCUUUAAUUUCUUUUGACAUGGGAAAUAUUAUGUUAAGAGAGAAUUAUUUAGAUUUGUUACAAAUACUAUGGGAGGGAUUUACAUCACAUGAGGUGAUUGUUAAUGACUAUUUAAAGGAGGGAUAUUUAUCGAGGUUCGAAUCUAAAGAAAGUGAAAAUUCUGUAGAUUUCGAAUCAAACAAACCAACUCUAGACAAGGAAACAAAUACUCUCACAUGUAGAACUCUAAGCCAAUAUCUAGAAUAUUUACAAUCGACCAUUAUAUCAAUAAUGUUGAACGAGAAUAAGGAUCAAAUAUUCAACAAGUCGGUAGAGAAAAUUGACCUACAAUCCUUCUUUGAAAAAUUGCCCUUGUUGAAUCAUACUGUUAAUUUUAAUUUAUUUCAUACCAUGAAAAGCAAUUAUUUUGCUCUAUCGUUUCGCUCCACUAUUGUCUCUUUAUCAUACUUUGAGAAGAAGCUCCAAAACAACACUCAGCAGAGUCAGCGGAGAGAGAAAGUUUUUCAAAUGUUUACUUGUUUUCCAAAUCUUACAAAAUUGACCUUUGUUGUUGACAGCCAAACUGAACCACUUGAUGAAACCGUAAAACUAUUUCAGAAAUAUUUACCAAAUCUCAAACAAAUUGAUUUGAGAGGAGGUUUGCAUUCACGUACCUCCCUAAACAUGUUAUUGCGAGGAUUUCCAAAGAUGACAUCAGUGGUUUUAUAUUUAUCAUUGAGAACAUAUCCCAAACAAAGCAACAAUGAACACCACUCUUCCAAUGGUUAUGCAUAUGCUUACAGCCCUAGUGUGGGAGUUGGUGUGCCCUUUUUGAAUGACAUUGGAGACAAGCUCAAAUGCAUUCAGGUUCAACCCAAUCCAGCAUCCAAGCUCUCUAUUGUGUUUGACAGAGAAACCUUUUUAAAACAAAUCGUGAAUAAGAAAAUUCAAAGUCUGAAGGGAGAUUUUAUCAUGGCUGGAGGAGCUGAAAAACUAUUACCUCUUUCUUCUCUUUACAAACUAGUUUUAUUCAAGCCAAAUUACAACAUGUUUGAAAAGUAUGAUUUUUUGAAAGUGAUUUCUCAGACCAAGACUCUGAGAAUUUUAUACAUUCAUGAGUCGCUUCUAGGUUGGAGGCCAAAGGGUUACAAACCCACCGUAGAGUUCUUCCAAAACGAAUUAGAAGAAUUUAACACCGACAAUGAGGGAUGGAAACAAAAGUUCAAAAUAUUUUGUAAAAAGGAGAAAACACCCUUUAAAAGAUUAUUACUGGAUGGAAAGUCACUGUUAAAGGUCAAAAUAUUCUACAAGUCCAUUCGCAAUCUGUGUGAAACACAAGGAAGAGAAGAAUUGUACCAUCUCGAAAAAUUACUUAUUGAUUUGUUCAGCCAGUAUAUUUCACACAAGUACAAGAACAUCAGAUUUUUAAUGACGCCUGUGUGUGACUAA